GAUUGGUCACCACCGGGAUUUGAGAACAAGGUGGACCAGCAAAGGCUGUUUUCAGAAAGCUCUGAAAAUCUUUUAUUCUCGUUUUGAAAUACUUUCUCUUCAGUAUGAUGCAACACUUUUUAUUACGCAGUAAUUCUAUUAUAGCUCUUCAGGGGCAUCUGUCCUGGUCCCUUGAAAUCCCCUUGAGCCUCUGUCAUUCCCAAGUACCUAAUUUAGGGCUCUGUAAAUUAUUACCAGUGUUCAGUGGGUUUUGUAAAAGAAUUAUUUUGAUAUUGAUGUUUCGGCAGGUUUCUAAAGUCUCCCCUCUCAGGACUUUGGAAAGAACUAAAUCAAAGUUAAUCCCUGCUUUCCCAGGCCUGCUAGAGGCAUCACUGUGGUGGGCCUCAUUGCAGUGUGAUGGUGAUCACGUUGCGAUUUCCUGUAGAUAGGACUGUAGGUAGUUAAAAGAAAGCAAACAGGCUGCACGGUGGCUCAUGCCUGUAAUCCUAGCACUUUGGGAGGCCGAGGCGGUCUGAUCACCUGAGGUCGGGAGUUCUAGACCAGCGUGACAAACAUGGAGAAACCUGUCUCUAUUAAAUACAGAAAAUUAGUUGGGCGUUGUGGUGCAUGCUUGUAAUCCCACUUACUCAGGAAGCUGAGGUAGGAGAAUCGCUUGAACGCCAGAGGUGGAGGUUGCCGUGAGCCGAGAUUGUACCAUUGCACUCCAGCCUGGGUGAUAGAGCUAGACUCCGUCUCAAAAAAAAAAAAAAAAAAAAAGCAAACAAACAAAAUCUCACAGCACUAUCAGAAGUUACCAAUUCUUUGUUUGUUUGGGCACCUACCUUGUGCCAGGAACUGGGUAGAUAGUUAUAAGUCAGACAAACAUCUCUGCUCUCAAUGGUCUGUCUGAGCAAGGGAGAUCAUUCAUAAACAUGUGAACAAUGAAACGAUGAAUAUGGUACUGGUACUGUCAGAGGCUGCGUGGUAAGCAGCCUUGAGGAGGGUUGUAAGGGAAUCUGAGAAGAUGCCCGUAGAGUUGAGACUGCUCAGGGAGAAGAGGUGAGGGGAGUCUAGGGUGGCUGGUGACCUAGAUGAGGUCAGAGAGAAGGGCAGGACCAAACAUGGCCAGAGCCUGUCAGCUGCCUUUGGACUUUGGAUUUAAUUCUGGUUGCAGUGAGAGGCUGUGGGAGGAUUUUGAGCAGGGGCGAGCUGUGGUUUUAUUUGCAGUUAAAAGAUUCUUGGGGUAUUGUGAAGACUGGAUUGUAAUAGGGGCUAGAGUGGAGGUGGGGAAAGCAGUUCCAGCUGGUCAUGCAGUGGGUAGUUGCCUCUUAGGGACAGGCAGUGUUCUUGGCUUCAACAGUGAACAUAAAUCCUUUCCCACAAUGGAGCUCAAAUCCUGGCAAUCUGCUGUUGCUGUAGUCCCAGGAGGAGAGCGCGUGGUACCUUCAUUUAUGCUAUGCCUGUAGGACUGGCCUGCUGCUGUGGGUCUGCAGGCUGCUCUCUCUGCUGUGAUUGCUGCCCCAGGAUUCGGCAGUCCCUGAGCACCCGCUUCAUGUACGCCCUCUACUUCAUUCUGGUCGUUGGCCUCUGCUGCAUCAUGAUGUCAACAACUGUAGCUCACAAGAUGAAAGAGCACAUUCCUUUUUUUGAAGAAAUGUGUAAAGGUAUUAAAGCUGGUGACACCUGUGAGAAGCUGGUGGGAUAUUCUGCCGUAUAUAGAGUCUGUUUUGGAAUGGCUUGUUUCUUCUUUAUCUUCUGUCUACUGACCUUGAAAAUCAACAACAGCAAAAGUUGUAGAGCUCAUAUUCACAAUGGCUUUUGGUUCUUUAAACUUCUGCUGUUGGGGGCCAUGUGCUCAGGAGCUUUCUUCAUUCCAGAUCAGGACACCUUUCUGAACGCCUGGCGCUACGUGGGAGCCAUCGGAGGCUUCCUCUUUAUCGGCAUCCAGCUCCUCCUGCUUGUGGAAUUUGCACAUAAGUGGAACAAGAACUGGACAGCAGGCACGGCCAGUAACAAGCUCUGGUAUGCCUCACUGGCCCUGGUGACGCUCAUCAUGUAUUCUGUUGCCACUGGAGGCUUGGUUUCGAUGGCAGUGUUUUACACACAGAAAGAUGGCUGCAUGGAAAACAAAAUUCUGCUGGGAGUGAAUGGAGGCCUGUGCCUGCUUAUUUCAUUGGUAGCCAUCUCGCCCAGUGUCCAAAAUCGACAGCCACACUCGGGGCUCCUACAGUCUGGGGUCAUAAGCUGCUAUGUCACCUACCUCACCUUCUCAGCUCUGUCUAGCAAACCUGCAGAAGUAGUUCUAGAUGAGCAUGGGAAAAAUAUUACCAUCUGUGUGCCUAACUUUGGUCAAGACCUGUACAAAGAUGAAAACUUGGUGACUAUACUGGGGACCGGCCUCUUAAUCGGAUGUAUCUUGUAUUCAUGUUUGACAUCAACCACGAGAUCGAGUUCCGACGCUCUGCAGGGGCGAUAUGCAGCUCCUGAGCUGGAAAUAGCUCGCUGUUGUUUUUGCUUCAGUCCUGGUGGAGAGGACACUGAAGAGCAGCAGCCGGGGAAGAAGGGGCCACGGGUCAUUUACGACGAGAAGAAAGGCACCGUCUACAUCUACUCCUACUUCCACUUCGUGUUCUUUCUGGCUUCUCUCUAUGUGAUGAUGACCGUCACCAACUGGUUCAACUACGAAAGUGCCAACAUGGAGAGCUUCUUCAGUGGGAGCUGGUCCAUCUUCUGGGUUAAGAUGGCCUCCUGCUGGAUCUGCGUGCUGUUGUACCUGUGGACGCUGGUCGCUCCCCUCUGCUGCCCCACCCGGCAGUUCUCCGUUUGACGAUGUCAGUGAUCCCCUGGGCUCUGUGGACCUGCAGCCUGGAAAGUGCCAUCUUUUGAACAGUGUCCCUGGAGGUUAAGUGACUGGCGCCCUGUGCCUAAGUGGGUCUGAAAAGGCUUUCAGAAAAAAAAAAAUCUCCUGAUUAGCUUUUUACUUUUGUAAUUCAAAAACUACCAGUUUGUUCAAAAGGAAUUGAAAUUUUCAACUAAACUGAUCAUGGUUGCAAUAUCCUACCCAUAGAAACUGGAUACUAGUUAUGUUGACUUCAUUCUGCUUGGUUUUGCCAAAACAGAGUUUGGGGCACAGCAUCUUUUCACAGGGAUAAAAAAUACGUUGUGUGGCCAGUCAUACUCACCCUUGGAAUAGAAAAACAUGCCAAAUCCCCAGCCCCUGACAGAAUCCAGACCCCUCUCACUCAACUCCCGCCUCUUAAAGCUUUGUCCCCGGGGGCUUUGAGGACAGGACUCAUACUGCAGGGCCCCUUAUAUUUAUAGGGUCCAAGAGGAGGCACCUGCUUUUCAACUGCACGCUCCGUGCUGCCUCCUCAUGGCCCCUAAACAUUUCCCUCUGAGGUUGUGAUGCUGGGAAUCACAGACUUCACUUUCUGCCCGCACCUUUUCCCAAAGUCUCAUCUCUUCUGGGUCCCACAUCUUUGUAAUAAUGUGAAAAAGCACAAUUUGCCUGGUCACCCCCAACAUGGUUCUCCACCAUAUUAUCACUACCUGAUCCUAGUUACUGCAAAAGUAUGGCGCUUAUUUAUGGUGUUAGUCACUUGAUUAUAGAACAAGAUUCGUAUUGUUUUCUUUGCUUAACCAAUGGAGGGCUAUAAUUCUUACUUGUGUGUGCUGUUGAUAAUGAUCAUACUUUUAGGACCUUAACUGAAAAGCUGCUUCGAGUUGAAGCCUGCUGCAUGCACUGCUCUUUCAGUUGUUGAGGUCAGCCCCUCUGUUUCUUCUCCACCUUGAGGCCUUUGAAACUGUAAAAGCGGAAGAACUUUUGUGUUCUGUCGCUGUAAUGUGACCACACCAUUCAAGUUCAUUCUGGUGUCCUUGGAGUAGAUUUGAUAAAGAGAGAAUUUCUGAGGUGAGGAUCCCAGGCAGCACCUCAGACACUCUGAUUCAGGGAAGCAUGUUAGGAAAAGUGUGGGAGUGGCCAAAUAUACAUAAAGACAAGUGGGAGGAGGCAAGUGGAUCUCUUGAGGUCAGGAGUUCAAGACCAGCCUGGUACACAUGGUAAAACCCCCAUCUCUACUAAAAAUAGAAAAAUUAGCUGGGCAUGAUAGCAUGUGCCUGUAAUCCCAGCUACUUGGAGGCUGUGGCAUGAGAAUCACUUGAACCCAGGAGGCGGAGGUUGCAGUGAGCCAAGAUUACGCCACUGCACUCCAGCCUGGUGACAAGAGUGAGACUUCAUCUAAAAAAAAAAGGAGAGAGAGGUGGGCGGUUGAGGGUAUUUAAGCCAUAGAUAACAUCCACAGGGAUUUCCAAAAUACAUGCUGUAAUACUCAUAGAGACGUGUCUUUUGGCAGCUACCCAAGAUGAUGCCCAUUUUCAGUCUUGAUGUUCUCAGGCAGGGAAGAGUUUUACUUCGUGGAAACUCCUGUUAGAAUUUCAUUCAGGGUGGAAAGAAUCUUCUUGAGCUCUCUGGAAGUGAGGCUCUAAGAAUAAAAGACAGCCUAGUCAUUUUUUUCUGUGCCCUACUCUGUGAGUUGGGCAGAAUUGAGUGCCACCUAAGCUGGGCGUCUGUGUGCCAAAAUGCUUGUGGGUGAAAUCAGUAAAAUUCUUUCUGCUCAUUCCUUUGUCCUUCUCCCAAGAAAACCCAGGGAGAAACAAAUAUAGGGAAUUCCUUUAGAACUUUCCCUACUUACAGUGUUUGAGAUUCUGUUUUAAAAGUCACUCGAUCUGUGUGUUUGGUUAAGAGAGACUUGUUUUGUCAACUCCAUUAAAUUUCUAUUAAAUAGGGCAGGAGAGACUCAUCCGGAGUUGCGAAAUGAAAGCCGUUUGCUAACCUGAGGAACCAGUUAGGGGACAGGAGCUCAGUGGGCCAGGAACAGGCUCAGGGAGUGGGGCUGCUUGUCACACACAGUAGCUGUGUUGCAGUGGCAUGGGCCCUGGGUACACUGCGGUUGUCUUUAGGAAACACUCUGAGAAGCAGGUCGGGGGCCACGGCAGUAUUGUGACUAGUUUCUUUGUCUUCUUCCUGCUGAGGUCUAGCAGAGCCCUUGCUUUGUCUUCUCGGCUGGGUCUGGUGGCCAGCUGGUGUGAUUUAAGAAACUGACCUUAUGCCCAGUCAAGGUCAAGCUAACAAGGCCUUGCAUUCCUUGGCUGGCUGUGGUUGGCCCUUUCCUCUGCAGAAAGCAGCUCAGGGAAGCCCAAGCAAGGGAGUGUGGCAGGUGGAAGGCCCGAGUCACUUCUGGAGCCAGCCCAGUCACUCCACAUUUUCCAGAUGUGUGAGUCUUGGUGUGUGGUCUCCCGUUCCCUUCUGCAGGUUGGUCUGAUGCAAGAGGAAGAGUUAAAAGUUGAUCAGAGUUUUAUUCUCAGCUGAAAUGUUAGCAUGUAUAUCUGGAUGAACAAAAGAGAUGUGGAUGCAUCUGAGGACCAAGGGACUAUCAAUGCAAAGUUAAUAAUGUUAAUGGUUAUUAAUUGUGAUACACAAUACUCAGGUGAAGAGUCAACAUUCCUGGAUUUAAAGAAUCUAUAAUUAUGGCCGGGUGCAGUGGCUCAUGCCUGUAAUCCUAGCAUUUUGGGAGGCCAAGGCAGGCGGAUCACCUGAGGUUGGGAGUUUGAGACCAGCCUGGCCAACAUGGAGAAACCCCGUCACUAUUAAAAAUACAAAAUUAGCUGGGCAUGGUGGCACAUGCCUGUAAUCCCAGCUACUCAGGAAGCUGAGGCAGGAGAAUUGCUUGAACUCAGGAGGUGGAGAUUAUGGUGAGCCGAGAUUGCCCCAUUAUACUCUGGCCUGGGCAACAAUUAUGAAACUCUGUCUAAAAAAAAAAAAAAAAAAAAAACUACAGUUUUGUGCAGUGUUAUUUAAGAAACUGGAAACAUUGUACCAGUGGCUUUGAGUUGCUAUAACAAUGGUGUUAAUUUGAUUAACUCACUGAUAUCUUUUAAAAAUAAUAGACAUUUGCUUCUUACAGUUUUUUGUACACAACUUAAAGAGUAUACUCCCAGAAGCUGCUGGUCAGACACAUUUAGGGAUGACAGUUGAAGAUUUUUUUGAAGCUGCAAGUGAAUAUUUCCUCUGUGUCACUCAUCUGAUAAAAAGUUUCCCCUCAUUUUUAUGAGUAAAAAUACUGAGUGAGUGACAGGGGGAUGGGGGUUCUUAUGGGAGUGUCAUCCAAGGCAUGUUACCUGACUGGAAACUGGAAACCAUUUCCGUUUGAAGCCUUCAGAAACCCAACCGCAUCUUUACUGAGUCUAGCUUUUUAAAUACUCAUUGGUUAGUUUUACUUUGUGGGGAAUUGUCUGAAGAAAUUGUUUGCCACAGGUAUUUGGAGCCUCUUUGUAGGGGAGAUGAAGUGGGGUGGGCUGUGGGGUGGGUGGAGUUACUGGGGUUUUGGGGUUCUGUUUCCAAACAACAUUGUUUAUUUCUGAUUCUUCAGAAGAUCUUUCAUUAUGAGCGACCUCAGUGUAAUGUUAAUUUCCCAUCUCCAUGCCAAAAUUGUCAUCUUCUGCCUUUUGUUUUUGAGACUGGCUCACUCUGUCACUCAGGCUGGAGUGCAGUGACAUGAUCUUGAUUUAUGGCAGCCUUGAUCUAUCUCCUGGGGCUCAAGGACCACCUCCCGAGUAGCUGAGACCACAGGUUUUUGCCACCAUACCUGGCUAAUUUUUAUUUUUAUUUUUUGUAGAGAGGAGGUUGUCCAGGCUGGUCUCACACUCUUGAGCUCAAGCAAUGUGCCUGCCUUGGCCUCCCAAAGUGCUGAGAUUACAUGUGUAAACCACCGCACGCAGCCCGCCCUCUGCCUUUCUAAGAUGAUGUAUUUAUUUAAUGUUUCCCAUCAUUGGUGCUUCACCUUCCUGUGAAGGGAAUUCCAGAACCUGUAUUUAGCUACCUGGGCUUUUACCCUCCCUUUAUUGCCUUUCUAAAUGCUCAUUUGGUGUACUCUAGUAUCCUAUACCUCUUGAAAAUGAAAGCAGGCUCAACCUAAAACUAAAAAGGGACCAACUUAGAACUAAGACCUUAACACACCCAGAAAGAACACUGGGCCCUCCUUCAUCAGGGACAAUGCAGUAGCCACUUGGCUUGUGGAAUUUUCUGAAGGAUAUUUUCUGUAACUUGCUAGUUAACUUAGUUUUGCAUUUCAGGAAGAGGUGCACUCUCUAAUGUUGGGCCUUUGACUUCGCAGGACUGGAGAGCUGUUCACACAGAUGUUUGGAGCUUUCCCUCUCUUCUUUCUUCUCAGUAAAUCUUUCAUAGAAGCAGUCAUUUUUAAAGGUUGAAAUAUUUGGCCUUUACCAAAGAGCUUUUUUUUUUUCUUAAGUAAAAUCCUUUCAGAAAGAAACUUCAGUGGGGAAGGACAGAUUAAGAAUGCAUAUGUCCCAAUCCACUUGUAUAGAGUGUAAUCAUAUUCACGUGAGUAAAAUGAUGGAAGAACUCUUGAAGGUAAUCCUUUGGGAUAAAGGAUCCUGGGAGGUUCUCUCAGGUAAAGAAAGCUUAUAGCAGAUGUGUAAUAUAUGUCUUGAGAGCUAUUUAUAAGAAAUUUAGGAGGAUUGUUUUGUUUUCCUUUAUUAAAGAUUUAAGUCUUUUUUACUUUGCAUAAAGAAAACUCAAAAGUUUUAUAGGUAUAACUUUGCUAAUUUUUUAAACUUUUCUGAAACAAUUAGCUGUAGCCAAACUAUGUGGUUAUGUUUUGCUACAUGAGAAUUUGAAAAUGCAAUAUGUGUGGUAAACCUACUGUCUGAAAUUUAUAAUGGUCUCUGAUAUGGUUAGAAUUUUGGUAAUUUUUGAAAGUUGUUUUUCCCCUUUAGUCAUGGAUUUCUAUUUUUUUUUUAAUGUUAAUUUUUCUAUAAAGCAUCUGAAUUGACUAGGCUUUUCCUAUGUAAAAAACUCGACACUUGUUAACUCUGAACUUUAAUAAAAUUUAAAAUUAAAA